AUAACGUGUUUUUAACGAAAGAAGAAAAUCAAAUAAACUAUGAAAUUGUCAUAGAAAAAAGAACAGAUCCUCAGCUAAAAAUGGGAAAUAUAGGAGGUAAAAGGCCUCAAUCGUCAAGUGCAUAUCGAUUAGCAGAUGUUUUCCACCAUGACCAUGGUACAUACAGAUCUGAAGAAGUACCACCGCCCGUACCCACCACAGAUUCAAAACAACAGCUUUUGCAAAGUAUAGAUUUCACAAACAUUGAUCGUAUAGCUUUGAAUGUAUCCCCAGAUCUUUUGAUGGAAACGUUUUGGGACAUUGUGGAACAUAUCAUAGUAAAGAAAUCAUUUGAAUAUAUAGACGAGGUACUGAGAGUUCGUGCUAUAUUUAGAUGGAUGACGUCAUUUGAUACAGAAAGUAUAGAAAUUGAUAUGCUGCCACCAGAACAGUCACCUAUUGAUUAUCUAAUGAACAUUCAGCAAGAUUUUGGAGACCACUGCCAUCUGUUAUAUGCUCUUUGCCAAAUAGCGAAUAUUCCCUGUGUUAUCAUUAAUGGUAUGACAAAGAACAUGUUAUAUGUAAUUGGCGAUGAACCCGAUAGAGAACUACUAGAAUCAAGAUGGAAUGCUGUCUACAUCAAAGGACAAUGGCGACUGAUUGAUCCUUAUUGGGCAUACUCGUGUAUUGAUGAAGGUGAUUAUGACGACAAGAUUUCAGUCGAUGCAAAAGGCAAGAUCAAAAGGGCAGACGUUGGCAAAGCUAAUAGGCCUGUUAAUGAAUUCUAUUUUUUAACGGAUCCGAAAGAAUUCAUUAACACUCAUUUCCCAGACGACCCGGAAUGGCAAUUACAGGAAAGUAUGUGGACUGUUAAACAAUGGCAGAAUUCUCCAUAUAUUCGAGAACACUUCUUUGUAAUGGGAAUGAACACUGACACAACAUCAGAUUUGUGCAUGCUAAUGACGAAAGAUACUCCAAUUAGUAUGGACUUUACUCUUCCCGAAGUUAAAAGUCAUCAGUACAGGUUUUCUCAUAAUUUAGUAUUGAUUAAAUCUGAGCACAGUUCUGAGGGGAAGAGUUUACGACAUUUUGUAAUGUUUGAACAUUCUAGAAACAAAUUACGCUAUACAGUGAGGGUUCCAUUUCCGGGUACAUAUCGCUUGGAUAUAUACGGGAAAUAUAUAACCACAGAUAAGCUCUACAACCUCCUCUGUUCAUACGGAAUUGAAUGUAUGCGAACAGUUGAAAUAAAAGUAGAUCAGUAUCCUGAUUGUCCUCGGUUAGGUUGGGGUUCAAAUGCAUAUAUGCUUGAGGAAGGAGUAACAACAAUCCCAUGUGAAUCAAUCAUAGAGACCGUAAGAGGUGAAGUCGAAAUCGUAGUUUCAACGAAAAGUCUCCACUUUAUAAACCAUCAACUGAAGUGCAAAGCAAUGAGUGAUGCUAAGCUCAGUCGAUUUACAACGGGAAGGUUUGAAAAAGGAAAAUACAUAAUACUAGUCAAAGUUCCAUUUGACGGAGAAUUUGCUUUGAAAGUAUUUGGAAAGUUGAAAUACGAACCAGAAGACAGUGUUCUCAAAAAUAUACUUACUUUUCUUAUAAAUGGUAAAACGUUGAAAGAUAAAGAAGUACAGCCUUUACCAGCAAUAUUGGGUGACCACUUAGGUGUCCAAGAAAGUUCUAAAGAUAUUGAUGUUACUGUACCAAGUGUACAUGAGAGGGGAAUAGACACUAAUAAAGGAAAUAGACAUUCAAAUUUUAGUGAACAACAGAAAAAAGAGAAAGGCCAAAAUGUUAAAGGUAGAGCAAAUCAAAUCGAUGGUGCUACCGAUAUAAUUGGAAUAACCGGAGCUAAGUUUCGAAAUACUGAAGGGGUUGGUGUUAAUGGAAAAUACCAAAAGAAUGUAACAGGAGAAAAUCAAAACAAUAUGAGUAAUGAGAAAACUGAUAAAGAGUUCGUAAGUGAAGAUGAAAAAGAAAGUGGGCAGAUAGAUGCAAACGAAGGAAUAGCAAAGCUGAAAUUUAAAACAAGCUCUGGUGUCAAACUUUACCAAGAAUUGUGUAGUACCGAUGAUAAAUCAUCCAAGAUGAUGACUUGUCAAAAAUGCAUUGAUGGAGAUGGAAAUUGGAUAUUUGAGCUGGACAUGCCUAUCGCGGGAUUAUAUUCGUUUAAUUUGAUUGGGAAAACCCCAGAUCAUAAAACUAAGCCUAUAUAUAGUUGUCUUAUAAAGUCAUCAGGUCAUCCAUUCCCUUCAAUGCUUAAAGAAACUAAAGAAAGUAAGCAUACGACAAUAAAGCAUGAGACAAUUGUAACACAGGAACCCGUCAUUACGAUUCCCGCCAUGACAAACAUCCGGGAAAUAUCAACAUCCUUACGGAGUAGUAAUGUUCCUCCUAAUCAGCUAAGUAAAGUUGCCAGAGUUGUCAAACAGGAAAACGAAUUGGCUAUUCAUUUAAAGCUUCCAGGCGAGUUUACGCUGGAUAUAUUCAAAACCCAUUCAGAGGAAGGUUUGACUACCUUAGCUAGAUAUUACAUUGUCAGAAAAUUUAAUCCUGCUAUUGACCAACAUGACUGGGAAUCCAUUGACGUGAAUGCUUUGUUUGACGACGACGAAGAAGAUGAUUCAAAUAACUUGUACAAUAGACCGGUAACAGAAGACAGCGAAGUCAGAGUUAAAGCUACAAAAGGAACCAUAACUAAGAACAUUGAAAAAGCCAUCAGUCAGAAAGAUCUGGACAAAUUAAUAACAUAUAUGAAGGUAUAUGACGUCACUAGACCAUCAACAACUGAUCCACUUUCAUUGGAAGCCAAUCAGAUGAUCAUGUUUCUUCAAGCUAAAAAAUAUCUAGACAAAGCUUGUCAGUCAAGAAAAGAAAGUAUGUUAGAAGAUGCGAUGGAACAAGCAAAGAAAUCUGGGCUUAAUCAAACUCUUAACUCAAAGAUUGUUAUAGCAACUAGAAUUCUUUCUCGAAUUUACAAAAUAGAUAAAAUUUCUAAAAUAGUGUCCAAAAUUGAUCAACGGUCCUUAGCCGAGCUGAAAAUGUACCAGACACCACCUAAUGUUGUCCACCAGACUCUUGUAGCGGCCUCUCUUUUAUUAGGCUAUGGACUUGAGGAAGUGAAGGAUUGGAGGACCUGCAAAUCAUUAUUGUUCAAAUCAGGAAAAGACAACCUUAAGAAAAGAAUGGAACAGUUUGACUAUAGAUCAGUAAGCAAAACCAUCCUGAAUGCCGUGAAGACAAUAUUAGAACCAUACAAAGCCUGGCAGGUCCGGGAUGUCAGUAAAGGAGCAGCAACAGUAUUUCUUUGGGUAGUUGUCAAAGGAGUCAUAGGUAUCAUUGAAUACCAACAAGGAAAUGUAGAGCGAUGCAUGUCAGGAAAAUCAGUCAUAUCAAAGAGAGUUGCUCCACGAAAGGCAAUUCUCCCGGAAUAUUCUACAGAGAUAAACGGAACCAUUAUCUUUGAAAGUGAGGAAUGGGAUGAUUCUGACGACGAAUGGUGAACAAAUCACUGUGGGAAUGGUGGCCAAAUUAAAAAAAUUGUAGAAUA